UAGUUCCUUGGAAAGAAAACAAUCUCUUACACAGAAAAUACUCCUUUUACUGGAAGAAAUGGGCGAGCGCAUUGAUGACCUUGAGAAGCAUGUUGCUGACCUGAUGACGGAGGCUGGGAUAGAAAACACCAAUAAAGAGUCAUGA